AAAGAUGUAAAUACAGGAAACAAGUAAAAUAUGAUACUGUUGUAUGUUAUGCAGGAUACAGCCUCUACUUCUUCUCAGAGUGCAGUUUCUGUGAUCCAAACAUGCGUAGAAAAGCUGGAACCCUUAGUUUGUGCCUUUUUGACAUCUUGGUUUUUAGACAGAGAUGCCAUGGGGAGUGAGCUCAAGGAAUUUUACCAUGAAAUCAUUUUCAGAAGUUUUGAAUGUGCUCCUCAGAUGCUUUUUGCUGUCAUCCCUAAUUUAACUCAAGAGUUGCUGAUUGAUCAAGUCGGUGUCCGAAUAAGAGCUGUUAAGCUGAUUGGAAAACUCUUUACACUGCCUGAAUACCAUAUAUCACGAAAAUAUGAGGACCUCUUCAAAGAGUAUCUAAAAAGAUUUUAAGGUAAGUCUGUGGAAGUUAGAGUUAGUGCUCUACAAUGCGCUAG